AUGUCCUCUGACGUUCGUCUGUCCAGCGACAUGCGUAUGGCAGGCGACCCCCGCGUUCCCGCUGGCGAUCUACGCAUGCCUCCUGACCUACCCUUGCCCCCCGAUACCCGCAUUUCCUCCCCUCGCUCGCCAACCAACUCCCGUGUGCACUCGCACUCGCCAAAUAUGCCUCCUCGAUAUCGCGACGCAAAUUGGGAGCAGCGCUACAUGCCGGGCGUCAUGGGCGACGGUCCUUCUUGGAUCGACGGGGACGGGUCGCAAUCUGGCUCAUUACGGACAAGCUUCGACGCGCGCGUUAUCAUGAACACCGGCUCCCGUAGCGGCAUGGACGCUGGCCCGUCUCGCGUCGUUGAAGACCGCACCUUCAAGCGCGACUCGCCCGAGUCGAACGGGCUCGACCUCCACGACGCAUCCUCCCCCACGACCAGCGAGCGAUCGCUUCCCAACGCCUCCCAAAAGCCUCAGCAGACGGAGAAGCAGUGCUCACAUUGCGGCGUGAAGCAGACUCCAUUAUGGCGGCGCGAUCCCUCGAAUUUCCAGCUCCUCUGCAACGCAUGCGGUCUCUUCUACAAGCAGCGUCAUAUGCACCGGCCAAAGGUCCUCAUCGAGGCCGACCAGGAGGACGAUACUGGCGAGGACGACCCCAACGCCCCGACAUGCAGCCAUUGCGGGACACAUCGGACUUCUGUCUGGCGCAGAGGGAAGGACGGCACGCAGGUGUGCAACGCCUGCGGUGUGUACUCGCGUCUGCGUGGAAAGGAGCGUCCGCUAGCCCUCAAGAAGAACAAGAUCCGUCCGAGGACGAAAUAUCCCAAAGCGCACCCUGGCAAUCAGAAAUGA